AAGCACGUACUGUACGAGAGUGGUAAGUAUUCUCGGUUUGCGGUAUUUCAAAAGAGAGGUCAUCCUUGAAGAUUGUCCCUCUUUACAACACUAGCGCAGUGCAAAUAAGUGCUCGCUCGGUUGAGGCGGGCAACAUGGCAGAAACGCGGAGUCCGAUCGCGGAGCUCCUGCGGCACCCGGAGUCGUUCCAGUUAGCCGGUACCAAUGGUUUUCGACUUUUCUUCUUCAAUUCGCUACGACGACCGUGGUAGCAUUUAUCCCAUCGCUAUGUCAUCUGGAUCCGACUCAGAUGAGGACCACCAUCCUGCUCGGUCGGGGAAAUGAAGUCGCACUGUCUUAUUUGUAGACCUGUGUGCAAGCAGCUGGAGUCCUCGCUUGUUUGGCGAUCUGUUUUUUAUUCAAGAAUAAAUCGAAAGUGUGAAGUGAAGUCACUGCAUUGAUUUAUCGCACAACAUGUUCAACAAAAAGGUCCGCAGCCACGGGACCCCGACGACUUUUCGAAUUCGCAAGAGAGCCUCCUGGCCGAACGGGAAGCGUACCUGGCUACCUUGCUGCAGUCUGGAUGCGAGAGUCUUGACGCGACGCGACGUAUGGAGGCCGCGAAUGAGGAGACGGAGAAAAAGAUCCAGGAGCGGUAUGGAAAGCAAAUGUGAAAGAUUUCGGUCUGAAACAUAGCAGAGUUUUUCCCUGCAGCUGGCGCAUGACCCCGAAAUUCCGUUAUGUGUCACAUGAUAGAUAAUCAUUCGAUGGCAGCAGGCUAGCUAUCCUCAUUCACCAAUUACGGACUUGUGUCUUUGUGUCACACCGACCUACCACGAAUAUUUGCAAUGCAUAAAAAGGAAAAGCAGUCGAAACAGGUCUACGAGAGGUUGUUUAAUGACGGGGAGAAUAUCAAAUGUAAAAAUGUCUGGGUCUGGAAGAUUUCUAGAUUUGUCAUGCAUAUAAUUUUCCAUGAGCCAUGAUGUCUGUGAUGCAUGCCGUAGCAUCACAGAUUUUUAGAGGGCUUUGUGAUACCUCUACCGCAUGAGAAAUGCCCUCUCCACGUAGGACAAACCCGACCACUCUUGCUGGUCAUGCAACACAAAUUCUUUUAGAAUCCACAGACAGCAUCACAAGUUGUGACCUUCCAGACCCAGACAUUUUUACAGUUGAUAGGGAAGUACCGGGAGCGACGACGGGUUUACACGGAGAUUGGCAUCAUGGCAGAGCAUGAAGAAGUGCGCAAGUCGUGCACGUUCCAGCCGAAGCUGAUGACGAGGCGGGCGAGUACCAGUGGCGGGGCGCACAACAGGAGCACACGGGGAAACGGAUCGGCUCGGGGAGGUGCACUCUCCGCGCGCGGACUGCCUGGAGCCACCACGGGGGAAGCGAAGAAUCACCGCAGCUUGUCGCGGGACCCGUCCGCAGACGACGCUUUUGCGAGGCUGUACGAGGAAGCCUCGGUGCGGAAGCAGCGGCAAGAGCAACGGACCUGGCAUUACGAAAAAAGCGAGCGGCCCCUGUUUCAGCCACAGCUGCGGACAGGUAGUUUUUGCAAGUAGUACACUAGGCACGUUGUGACCUUCAAUGUAAUUUAGAAUUUGGUCAUUUAAAGACAUAGCUGUUUGUGAGUUUAUUAUCGGUCGUGACUGCAGUAAGUGCAAGUGUAAGUCUACGGCUGAGCCUUACAGGGGUUCUCUUUUUACCACGGGUUUUUGUUCCGGAAUCAGGUUCAAUUUUUCUCUAGGUUGCGAAACCGAAACUGCAUGUUCUAAAGGUAAAAAUAAGCGUGGCGAUGUUUCUGCACGGGGUCCCAAUAACAACAGCAGCAAUCCGAAUGACAGCAGUCUUUCGGAAAACCAAGCACAGCAGCGGGAAGACCGGUUUGCGCGUCUACACAGCGAUGCUGCCCGGUACAAGGCGAGCAAAGAAAAGCUUGCAGAAAGACACCACGCUCUGCUGUCCUUCCGUCCUGAUGUGGCAAAGAGCUCACGAACCGGACCGCAGUUUGCGAAGUGGACCCCCAUCUGGCAGCGGUUCGGGCAGGCCAACGUGGAAGACGAACUCAGCUACGAGGAUGCGCAGCCGGCUAUAGCACCAAAUAGUGAAGAGGUGCCGAUCUUGCGCGGGGGGCAGCAUCGGGACGAGCCCGCGCUGGAAGCAGAGUUGAAGCGAGGAACCGCCCGUGAGCGGCAAGCGACAACCCCGACCGGCGAGAAAGGAGUAGUCCAUGAUCCUGUGGAUUCAAGGUAAGACUUUUGUAACAGUCAAUUUUUUUGAUUUUGGCGGGAAUAAUCAUGAAAUACAGUUUUAUAAUUUAUUACCCCAGGAUGGAAUAAGUAGUAGAUUGAUGGGGUAGAGUGAAAUGCGAGGAUCAGUUGAAACCGGGGUACCAAAAAUGAACUUGCAUCCGGCAGAAGUAUUAUCUUUCCUCCGACUCCUGACAGGCAGCGAGUCCGUGCGGCGGCGCCGCGCGAUUACUACGAAUUUUCAUCCGCUCGCGAUUUCGACGAGGACGAGGAUGUUGACAAGGUGAAGAUUGCAAACGACAGUUCGGAAGAGGAAGCAAACGUGCGGUUGGCCGUUUCUUCGGAGGAGGAACCAGUUGUGGUCUAUCACGGACGUCGCGACCGGCAGGAGGCGCUCCCCUUGCGUAUGGACAUCGAUGACGAGGAGGAGGACGCCACCGAGGUGGAACCGAACAAUACCUCUGCUGGUGCGAACACCUCCGGCCGCGGCAACGUCUUCCCCGGAAAGAAGCUGCUGUUACCAGGAGGUUCUUCUAGUGCAACGUCCACUGCGGGAGCCGCGAGGGACAAGGCAAAGUCCUACGUGAGCGUGCCGACGGGUUCCAGUUCCAGUUCUAGGAUGGACCAACAACACGGCGGAAAAUGGAACAAAAUGAGCAGCAGCAGAAGAGUAUCCUCCGAAAAAGAAAUUGAUUUUUCCGUACACGUACCACAAAUGCGAUUUCGGCAGGACGAAACUCAAACUUUCAAUUAAUCCUAUCCAGCAUGACGCCUGGCAGGCUCGUCUAAGUUUUAGCGAAAAUUGUGAUGCUCGUGUACAGGAAUAAUUUGUUUAAGUGCAUAAAGAACGACUGCAGAGAUGAAUAAAACAAGCAAGCAGCAGAUGAAACCACGACCAGAGCAGGCCGACAUGAAGACCCGCGAGGAGCUAUUCUGUGUAAAAACGUCCCUGCCCAAGAGCCAAGAUGGAAAAUCUGCUUCAGACAAUUCAACAAACUUUGGCUGCCGCGCGUGACAAGUUUGGGCUCGCAAUGUACUUAGUUGUGUUUAGCUAUUGCAGAAGUAAUGUCGCAGAUUGAUCUACCGAGCUUCUUAUGCUCAUUUUUCGAGCAUCAAUAUACCAGAAAAGGUUUACUCGGAUGGCGCUCCACCGCAUGAGAAACAUUCUAUUUUUAAGCAUGCAGUCUAGCAUGACAGCUUUGGGCUGGGGACGCUUUUCCUUUGGAAAGGUGCUGGAUCGCGCCCGCCAGGAGAUUCAGAAGCGGCUGAAAAACAAGAUCGACGAAUACGCGGCGAAGGGGCAAAAAGCGCGGAAAGACAAGGAACCGCCGCCGAAGUUCAAGCGCACGCAGCUGCCGGCCUACAUUCAGCGCGCGAAGCAGGCGAGUAAAGAUAACCUGGGAGCCGCGACGAGCAAAACGUCCUCCGAUCCCGUCACGGAUAUUGGCGCUGUCUCGGCGAGGGACGAAUAUUACAAUGAAAAAUGCCCCCACCCCCGAACUUGGGAGCAUUUGUAUUGCAAACCUUUGCAAAUGAAACGCUCGCCCUCGUGCAUCUAUCAGAAUCACAGGCUCUCAAUCGUGAAGAGAAAAAAUUUGUAUUGCGCAAGAUCUCAGGAAGAGCGGCGCUUGUCAUGCAAGCAAUGCGAUAUGCGCCUAGACUCUGCAUCAGAAAGAUUCAUAGUCCUUUCAUGCAUAACAAAAAGUUUUCAUUUGGAAACUUUAGCAUCACAAAUUAUUGCAACUUUGGGGGUGGGGGCAUUUUUCAUUGUAAUAACAAAGCAGAAACGUUCAUCAAGCAAGCCGAACUGCUCCGACGCCGGAAGUAUCAAAUGUAAAGGUGUCUGGGUCUGGAAGAAUGCAACUUGUGAUGCUGCAUUUGGAUUCCACAAUAAUUUGUAUUGCAUGAGUACCAAAAGAAAGGCAAUUUUUGCUACGCUGAGAAGGCAUUUGUCAUGCGGACUACGCAUCAAGAAGCCCUCAAAAAAUCUGGAUUGCUAGGGGAUGCAUCACAGACAUCAUGGGUCAUGCAAAACGUGCAUGACAAGUGUCAGAAUCUUCCAGACCCAGACAUUUUUGCACUUGAUAGAAAGCAGAAGACUACCAGGAAUUUUACCAGCGCCGACGGGGCGGGAACUGUCACCGGCUCGACACGACCUGCGGGCACCCCUGGCAACGACGGCUACGUUCCAGCGACAAGCGCAGUCUCCACGAUGAACAAUCAGAACACGCAGGCAACUAGUACCCCACUAAGAGAAGGUACUGUUGAGCAGCAGAAGACCUCCAAGCUCUCGCCCGUUUUUCCGCCGCCAGCGACGGAAAAGAAAAUUCUGGCCUCCCCGAUGUACGUGCGCGCCCGAGGGGGGGUGAGCCCGCGGCCGAUGCGACAGGACAACUUGAACUUCGAAGGCGAUCACAGCCGGGCCGCGGCCUUAUACGAGGAAUCCUCGGCAUCCGCCUCUUUCUCCGAAAGUGGCAAGCAGAAGGUGCACCACUCUAGUUGUUCCGACUCUAGAAGUCCACCAGAAGCGAGGGACAAUGCACUCUAUGGCGGCGCACUGCCGGGUGCUCCGGCGAGGCGCAGCAGAGAAGGAGCGGGCGCUAAACUGCUCGUGUGGCAGCCGCCGCCGGCGUCUGCAAAUAGCGGCAACCGCGUUUCGAGUUCGUCAGCGAGAGGGCAGAUGAAGAUCGAGAGUCCCGGGAUUUCGCUGUUUCCGCAAAGCCCGCUUCUAUCCGCCUCUCCAGUUGCUCCCUUUCAUCCUGGAGGAAGUACCUUCGGUUUGCAACCGCCGCAAUUGCUGAAUCAACCAGGUCUCGUAACCCAGCCACUGAUCUCCCCGCUGCAACCACUGCCGACGAGUACUUACUUGCUGUGUUGGAACCUAGUAGGUCCUAGAACUAAAUGACCUGUGGCACGGUUUACUUAUGUCUCAUUUGUGUAGCUGUAGCAAGAGCUGGUUUCUCUGUCAUCAUGUGUAGGUCCUGCGGAUCACCUCGAUGAACGAUGAAUGAAAAAAGUUGGAGCAAAAACUACACUCAGGUCCCCUACUCCCAGCCGGAACUACGGGAUCGAUCAGCGGUGGGCGGUGAGAAUCCUGCGAAACCGAGACUGCGGCUGUAGCAGCACAGGAAGGAUUGUGGUGCUCCAAAAGGGGCAAAGUCAAAAUUACGAAUCGAAUUUUUUUUUUUUGCAUGUGAUUGUUUGUUUCUAACUUUAUCGCAUUUAAUAUCCAACAUCGAAGAAGCGACACUGUCUUGUCCAGCGUUUCCUUUUCCAAUUUUUUCUUGCCGAAUUUUUUUCAAACACCGUUGCAUACCUAUCUAUCAUUUAGAUGCCUUUUGAUGAAUUUUUCUUUUUUGAUUGAUCUCCGCAGAUGACCAAGAGUGACAGCUGCCCUAACCGACUUUUACACCUCUACCCAGACCUGUUUAAGUACUUAUUCUCUCGGACUCGAGGAUGGUUUGAGUUCCAAUCUGAAUUAACCCGCAAUUGUCUUCGGCAGGUCGUAUCUGAAGUUACAGAUUGGCAUUGUGCCUCAAUGUAUGAUGGUGGCUUAUUUUCUUGGGCCGGUCGUUGCAAGUGACGCGCUUGCACUUUUUCACAAAGCGCGGCAGUUUUUUCAAAUGAACGCAGAUUUUUUUUUGCACCCUGUGACAUCAUUCCUGUACAUCUGAACAGGAGAU